ACUGCCGCAUUGGGUGCGGUGAGGAUGACGGAUUCGGUCGCAGGGAGAGGAGGGAAGCAAGACGAAGAGACGGAGUGAGAGAGAGAGAGUAAGAGAGAGAGAGUAAGAGAGAGAGCAAGUGUCUAGUAUCUGUCUUUUCGACGUAGGCCAUUUGUGGGUAGCGAGAGUGUGGGAAUUGGGUUUGGCGUGAUUGCGUCGAUUAGUUGCAGCGUUGGAAGGGAUUUUGUGAGUUGACGACAGCUUCCUGUGGUGUGCUGUGGCGAGCAGAGAGGGCUCAGGGACACAGGAAAUUGGGUUCACGUGUCUGUUGGUGUGGUUUUGGUGACUGACUGACACCUCCAUGCCUCCCACCCCCAAGCCACCUUAGAAGUGGGCGAGUGCUGUACCUACUACCCCCCGUUGUUGUUUUCUCUGGGUUUGCGGGUGUAGUUUUGUUCAACGCGCAGAGGUGCCAACUUGUUGGGUUUGUGUGUUUCCACCGCCUAUACGAGCACAGCCCGACGAACCGUCUCGUUCUUUGGUGCGUGUACCAAGUGAUCCUUGGUACGCAGUGCGGCUGAAGGUGGUUUCUGUCUCGAUGUGGGAUUGGGUGGUUAGAGUGCGCAUUUUCUUGGAGACGAAGUUUCCUCUGGAUGCUUGGCGACAGUGUUUCUAUUUUUCUUUCGAAACGUGAGUGGAUAGUGAGAUGUGUGGUGAUUUUGCACUGGUGUUUCGUACUCGAGCAAUCCACAAGGCACUCAGGUAGUGAGAUUUUGUUGACCGUGUUUGUCUCAGGAUUGUUCUGGAGCGAUUUCUCUGAUUUAGUAUUCCAAGUAGAUGGUUUCUUGUGAGACUUGGAGCUCAAAUCUGUCAACAUUUCGGUCAGGGGUAGGCUUGACGUGACAAUCAAUCUUGUUUCAGGGAAUGCAGCAGAUAUGGCUGAUAGAAGUUUACGGUUUACCUGUUUGCAAUGAGAGAAACGUUGAGACCGGUGAGUAGAACUGCAGCGGACUGACCUCUGGUAUGGCCAUUUUGACUCGUCACGCGGUGGAGGCUUUCUCAUCCGUUGAUGCGUACUGCGUGGGCUCAAGAUGCCCCCUCGUCAGAAGCAAUCGGUCUGUGCUAGACGUUGACGGCCCCAUGUACCGACCUCAGAGUCACGCUUCCAGUCCCGUCAAAAAGAAAUCAAGCGCUCGGGCGAGCUCCUUCGAAAAUAAGGGCCAGACCUGGGUCGCAGCUACGAUGUUGCAGAGUGAUCUUCUGGUGGAGGUAGCGGAUAUGAGCUUCCAUCUGCACAAGUUUCCACUGCUGUCCCGGAGUGGCCGGUUGAAUCGCUUGGUUUUCGAAUCACGUGACACUGAGAAAGAUCAUAUCAAACUAGACAACAUGCCUGGGGGUCCUGCAGCGUUCGAGCUGGCAAUGAAGUUUUGCUACGGCAUUCCCAUCAUGAUCAAUAGUUCCAACGUGGCUGCUCUCCGUUGCGCUGCUGAGUAUCUAGAAAUGACUGAAGAUCUUGAACAAGAUAAUCUUGUCUCAAAGACUGAGGAUUUUUUGAGCUCUGAAAUUCUUACCUCUUGGACAGAUUCCAUCACAGUGUUGAAAGCUUGUGACACAUUAUCACCUUGGGCUGAAAAUUUGCAAAUUGUAAAGAUGUGCAGCGAGUCUAUCGCGUGGAAAGCUUGUACUGACCCACGCGGGAUUAGAUGGUCUUACUCCAGUGCUGGUGAGUCUCCAAAUCUUUCUCCACCAUCGGAAGGAUCCGCCAAGAGUAGCACUUCAUCGAAAGGACCUUCUCAAGACUGGUGGUUUUCCGAUGUUGCCGAACUCAGUUUGAAGGCCUUUAAGGUGGUCAUGAAUGCGAUCAAAGCGAAGGGAAUGAGGCACGAUAUGAUGGGGUCUGCUAUUUUCUUCUACGCUCACAGAUGGCUGCCGAGUCUGUCUGCUUUGGACAACCUGGUAUCGCCUCUGUUGAGAGAAAGCCCACUUAUGAAAGAUAAGAAGAACAAAGUCUCCACCAGCUGUAAAAGCGAAAAUAGCUAUGUUGAGGGUCCAGGGGCAAGUUUUAUGAACGAUGCAAAUGGAGACGUGGCACCCCAAGUUUUCGAGCGUGAGAUUUUGGAAGAAAUAGUUGGCAUCUUGCCUUCCCAAAAAGAUACGGUCCCAGUGAGUUGUUUGCUGCGGUUGCUGCGGGUUGCUAUCAUGGUGGACGUGAGUGCUGGCUGCAGGAAAGAGCUCGAGAAAAGGUCUGGGACACAGUUGGAUCAGGCAACUUUGAGCGAUCUCUUGAUCCCAUCCUGUGCUUCCCAAAGUGAUUUGGUUUAUGACGUUGGAACUAUUCAUCGGUGCUUGGAUCACUUUUUGGUUCAGGAUCAUAUCCAAAUAAGCUCUCAAAAGGAAGUGCCAAUGAGCUCUAGUAGAGACAAGAAUGGCGAUAUGUACUGUACUUCUCAUCUGAGACCGCCUGUCGGUCCUCAUACUGCGAAGAUUAAAGUGGCGAAGCUCAUAGACAGCUACCUCGCAGAACUUGCGAGAGACAGCAAUUUAACUUUCUCGAAGUUCCAAGCGCUUGCAGAGGCUCUCCCGGAGUUCUCUCGAAUUACAGACGAUGGCUUAUACCGCGCGAUUGAUACAUAUCUUAAGGCGCAUCCAGGUUUAAGCGAGCAUGAGCGAAAAAAGCUGUGUCGAAUGAUGGACUGUCAACGACUUUCGCUAGAAGCGUGCAUGCAUGCUGCGCAAAAUGAACGCCUCCCGCUUAGGAUAGUUGUUCAAGUACUAUUUAGUGAACAAAUGAAACUGCGGAACGCAAUUUCUGGUAACACUGCUGCACGUGCGGAGCGGGCUCCAGACUCUCCAAUGCAACAAAGACUGUCCCCUAGCCCUGCUGCCUCGGCAGUCUGGCCGAUUCUCCAUCCUCAAGACGGCACGAACUCCCAGAUUGAUGUUAGAGCUCUUCAAUAUGAUGUCAUGUUUAUGAAGGCCAAAUUCGCAGAGUUGCAGAAGGAUUAUACACUAGUAACUCAACAGGUGGAGAAGUUAUCGAAACAAAAAGGCUCAUGGGUAAAGCGUUUGUUUCAGUCCAAGGAAACGGUGGAGAGUAGAUCAUCACCCUCACACCCGAGGUGGAGUCGACCUUGGAGAAACUCUAUCUCAUAGUCCAACCACAACUCGUGCUAACAGAUCCCUGUACAAUUGCCUACUUUAUCGGGAAUCCUUUCCAACGUCAUGAAGGAAGAGCGUGUAUUGAGAGAAUGCUUGUACUUUUAAGCGUUAGUGUAUCAAACUAACCGCCGAUGCAUAGAACUGACCCACGAUGGCGUCGUGACGAGGGGUCCAUAUAGUGCACAAUCAAGCUCCAGUAGUUACGGCAUCGAGGACACAAAUCCUACGGUACUUGAGGUCGAAGUAAGCUGUCUGUGGAGGACAUACCCAGCAGUAUGCGCAGCAGCAGCAGCAGCAGCAGCAUUGUAAGACCACCAAAGAAAUCACACUGGGGUGGGGACCCGCGAGUUGUUUCUGGUAUGCGGUGGAGUUGUCGUUUCCGGAUGUGUUUGGAAGAGUAGAAAGAAUCGCAUUUUGUACAAUAUUCAACAAGUGGAGAUUACUCGAGCGGCGAACCUCCCCAACUCAUAAUUUCAUUUUCCAACGCUCGGCUGAUAGUUCUUCGUUGCAUUUGACUCGAUGGAUCGGAGACUGGGUGGGUGAACACGUCAGCGAGAAGUUGUGACAGAGCUAUUUGUUUUGUGUCCGGCUAUCAAUAACUUUACCCAUUCGUUUAGAGUUUUUGCUCUUGCAUCAAAGAUCUCAGUAGCUGCCAGUUUAUUGAUUCACUUGAGCAAUGGAAUGAAGCCACUAGAAUCCAAGUCUUGAAGCAUAUGGCUCAGAACCUGUGAGUUGAUGUUAAUGAUCAAGCAUUGAAAUUAAGGUCCUCACUUGCAUGGUUUGAGUGUUAUGGAUCA